UUAACUUUUAUUUAUAGUUAAGAAAUAAUGGUGGCAGAUAUUAUCAUCAUUUCUGUCUUCUCCAAACAAUGAAUUGUGAAUUCCAUAUUGGAACAAGGAAAUUAAAAUACGUUACAUUCACCAAAACCUUUACUUUCAUUAACUAAUAAAAGAUAAGCAAAUCUCAACUUGUAAGGCAUUUCCUUAAGACCAAGGAAAAUGAUAAGGUAACGCCAAAACCCACAGUAUGAGUUACAGACUUUCCAGCACUGCUUGUAAAGGAAAUGCACCUAUGGAGGGUUGGUGCCCCUAUAUGGUAGAAAAUAAAUUCACAUUGACCUCAGGAAAGAGCAAAAGGAAGAUUAGCCUCUAAUUUUGCUUUAAGAGUCGGAUAAGAUCGUCCCAGAUGCGUCAUAUUGCUCGUCUUUCGUUGGAGUAGUCCUCCGAUCUAAUCAAAACUUUGUCGAACAAGAGCACUCUUUCAGUCCUCGAUGGCAUCGGACUCGAGCAAACACGAAGACGGUGGUUCUCCGUCCGACCAAGUUGAGAAAUUGCAAGUGCCAAGUGGGAGCAGCCAAGAGAGAAUGAAAACAAUUAGGCACCCUCGAUGGACCAGAAAAGAGACCUUAACCCUUAUAGAGGGCAAGAAGGUUAUAGAAAAUGGGAUUCAAUUUCAAAAGGGUCGAAGAUCAAUUACAGCCUUGGGGCCGGAUCCUGUUGAACCCAAGUGGGAUUUGGUAUCAUCGUUUUGCAAACAGCGUGGCGUGAGCAGAGGACCGGUACAGUGCAGGAAGAGAUGGAGCAAUCUUCUUGUUGAUUUCAAGAAAAUCAGGAACUGGGAGUCACAGAUUAAGGGAGAGGCGGAGUCUUUUUGGGUGAUGAGGAAUGAUUUGAGGAGAGACAAGAAACUUCCAGGUUUCUUCGAUAGGGAUGUUUACAAUGUCUUGGACGGAAAAGAUGCGACUGCAAAACCAGCAUCUCCACUGGCAGUCCUAUGCCCAAUGCCGCUAAAUUCAAUACCUAUGGAAGAUGUGUGUCAUGUGACUGAGGAGGCAGCUGCAGAAGAAGAGGAAGAAGAAGUGGAGGAGGAGGAACCUGAGAAAUUUUUCAAUAGCAUUCGAAAUGAUUCAACAGAAAAUGAUCUGUUUUCAGAUUUUGAGGAAUCUGGGCAAGAGGAGACAACCAUAAACUCCAAAAAGGAACAAAAGGUGACAGGGAGUCCAACAAAAAUAUUCACAACUCCUGUGCCUACUCCAGGUCCGGUAAAGGGGAAACGAGGGCUAGGGUCAGAUACCAGGAGAGAGGAGAAACAGAAGCAGAGGCGGUUGUCAAGAGAUGGAUGUGAAGACAACUGCAGUGACCAGCUGAUCAGAGUUCUUGAGAAAAAUAGCAAAAUGAUGAAUGCCCAACUUGAAGCUCAUAACAAAAACUGCCAAUUGGAUAGGGAGCAAAACAAGGAGCAAAACAACAACUUACUCGCUGCUAUCAAAAAUGUCACAGAUGCUCUGGUAAGAAUUGCAGACAAGUUGUCAACAGAAAAAUCCUAA